AUGACCGGGUAUACUCCCCUUGAGGUCGAUCUUCCCCCGGUACCUACGACGCAGGUUCUUACCGAUCUCCAUUGGGAGACCAUGCUGGCCCUCGCCGACACGGUGAUCCCGUCGAUCCGGGGUCGUGGCGAUGAUGCGGAUGUCUCGUCGACGGAGUACCACGCCGUCACCGAGUCCCAGUUAGAAUCGGCUACCUCCAGACUCACAGCCACGAUCAGUCGAACAACCUCCCAAGCAGCCGAGCUAGCGCAGAUUUAUCUGCACGAGAGUCCCUCGUCUCUGCCGGCAUUCCGGGAGGGCCUCCAGCGCCUGAUUGCCGACUACGUCCAUCAGGAAGGCCAGACCGGGCUGCGAUUCAUCCUCGAUGUUCUGAACACCCGAGCCGGAUCCCUUCUUCUGACCGGGUCGACAACUCCCAUCCAGCACCAACCCCUAGCAGUGCGCGAGCGGGUUUUCGCCGGAUGGGCCUCGUCGCGAUUAAGCCCCAUCCGCCUCAUCUACCGGUCGCUAUCCGCCAUGUUCAAGACCACCUGGAUGGUGGCGAGUCCGACCCUAUCUACCGCCGUGGGGUUCCCCCGAAUCCCCGUACAUGGAAAGUCUGCGCCGGGUUGCUGGGAGUACGAAUUCGUGCAAUUUCCUCCGAGCGACCAUGACGAGGAGAACGAGGAGGAGCAACCGGAAGUCCUCGAGACGGACGUGGUAAUUAUUGGCAGUGGCUGCGGCGGUGCGGUGGCGGCGAAGAACCUGGCCGAAGCCGGGCACCGCGUGCUGGUGGUGGAGAAGUCGUAUUACUACCCCUCGCAGUACUUCCCCAUGGAUGGUCGGACCGCCCCGGUGAGUCUGUUUGAGGGCGGGGCGUCGAUUCUCACGGAUGAUGCCUCAGUGGCCAUCUUUGCUGGAUCAACCUGGGGUGGCGGGGGCACCGUCAACUGGUCGGCGGCACUGCAGACGCAGGCCUUCGUCCGCCAGGAGUGGGCCGACGACGGGGCCUUGCCCUUAUUCACCUCCGCUGCCUUUCAAAAUUCGCUGGAUCGCGUCGCGGCUCGCAUGGGCGUCAGCGCGGCGCACAUUCAGCACAAUCGUCAGAACCGCGAUCUCCUGGAGGGGGCACGCAAACUCGGCUAUGCGGCCGAGGUGGUGCCGCAGAACACUGGCGGCGAGGACCACUACUGUGGGUAUUGUACCAUGGGAUGCUCCGCCGCAGCCAAGAAGGGUCCCACAGAGACCUGGCUGGCGGAUGCGGCAAAGGCUGGGGCGGUCUUUGUCGAAGGCUUUAAGGCAGACAAAGUCACUUUCACAACGCGGGGCCGAGAGCAAAUUGCCACCGGAGUGGAGGGGACCUGGACCUCCCGCGAGGCGUAUCUGUCCCGGGGCCAGAAGGGGAAGGGGAUCACACGAAAGGUGGUCAUCAAGGCGAAGAAAGUGAUCAUCUCUUGCGGUACACUGAACAGCCCUCUGCUGCUUCUCCGCAGUGGGUUACAAAAUUGGCAUAUCGGCCGGAAUCUUCAUAUCCAUCCAGUCCUCUUCGGUGCGGCCGUGUUUGACGAGGAGAUCCGACCCUGGGAGGGCUCGGCCCUGACGGCAGUCGUCAAAGAGUUUGAGAAUCUCGAUGGCCGGGGCCACGGGGCAAAGAUUGAAACCACGGUUACCAUGCCGCCUCUCUUCCUGCCCAUCUUCCCCUGGCGGAGUGGCCUCGAGUACAAACUCUUCUGUGCCAAGCUGAGCGCCAUGACUAGCUACAUUGCCGUCACUCGGGACCGUGAUUCCGGCCGCGUCUAUCCCGACCCCGUCGAUGGACGAAUCCGCGUGGCCUACACCCCCUCCGCCUUUGAUCGGAAGAGUGCUGUAGAAGCAAUGAUUGCCAGUGCCAAGAUUGCCUAUGUCUCGGGCGCCAAGGAGUUCCACGUCUCGUACGCGGAUAUGCCUCCCUUCCGUCGAUCGGAACAGGAGACGAAUGAGUCCGAGGACGCGGGGAUCAACAAUCCGGAGCUUCAGAAAUGGAUCAGGCAGUUCCGCCAACAAUCCCCUCUAGACAUUGAGAAGGCCGGUUAUGCCAGUGCUCAUCAGAUGGGAACCUGUCGCAUGGCCAGCACGGCGAGUAAGGGAGUGGUGGGUCCAGAAUGCCAGGUCUGGGGCACGCAGGGGCUUUAUGUCAUGGAUGCAUCGAUCUUCCCCAGUGCGAGCGGCGUGAAUCCCAUGGUCACAAACAUGGCUAUCGCAGACUGGGCCAGUCGAAAUCUGUCGGAGAAGAUAAGAACAGAGGAGCAGCUGUAA